UCCUAUUGGCUUGUAGGGCCCUCUUGCCUGUGUGCAGCCACCUCACUGGCUGCAGAGUUAGGGGGUGGUUCAAGAAGAGUCUCGCGGUGGUGGUGGGCGCGAGUGAUGUACGAGAGCUGCUGGCGACGCCGCGUGGCUCAUGCAGGGAAUCCCACCCGCGCCAUUUUAGAAGCCGCUGCUUGCAGGAGGGAGUUUGUCCAGGAGCUGAAGAAGACGAGCAAGAAGCAGGUUUCUUGGGGGCGCUGUGACCUGAGGGACAGAGGAGCUGUCCAGCUUGGUGAGCUUUUCACGGAACUCAGUGCCGUGCUGUGGAGGAGACCAUGCUCAAGCUGGCGAGACGCAUGGUAACCUUCUUCGGCUGCAAGAGCUACGAACCUGCUGAGAGACAGCCGGGAGCAGGGCAAGAUGACAAUUUGGAAAAUCAACGGAAAGAAGUCACAAAUUCCUCUGGUGACUAUGACCUGGGCAGGGUGCUGCUGAGAGGUGGGCAGAAGGAUGCUGCCAGUGUGGAAGAAUGUGAACUCUUUGAGGUGAUGAACAUCCCUGAUGACUUCUACAAUGCUAGCGGAUCAGACCCUGAAAUUGGAAUUUUAAUUGAUCGUGUUAGUACUGUAUGGAAUGGUGUUGUCUAUAUGAAUGAAACAACUAGCUUCUCCAUAAACCUUUUUUCUGAAGGUUUUAAGCCUUACAAGGGAGACUGGUUAGAAGUUGAAUAUUCCUUCGAUCCUUGCACCUCCAACAUCAGGGCACACUCAGCAAAGCCGUUGAACUUUAACCAUGUCAAAAAGGUGUGGAUUAGCAAUGUACUUGGAAGAAAUGGGGUGAUCGCUAAUACUGUCUUUUUCACCUUGGAUUCGCUGAUACUGCCUGAGGGCUAUAUGCCUGAAGUCCGCGAUGCCGUCAAUGUGAACAUAGUGAAGAGUGAUCAGGGGCGCUAUAUUUGGAGAGCAGUGUCUGUCACCCCAGUGGAAAUGAUGAUGUAAUAAACAACACCUUUUUGUUCCCUGUCCAUCCUUAUUUUGAAGGGCAGCAAAGGGCAAAUUUCAAUUGAGUCAUCAUGAAAAAGAUUUUACGUACAGCUUUUUUGGUGCAGCCAAAUCAGACACUGGCAGGUUCAUAUGGGACCAUCAUUCAAGUAUAGGGCAAUGCAGCAAAUUUAGUAAAGCUGGCGAGUUAUAGUAGGAAAGGCAUUGUUGGAAAGCCCACUGCAAUUGAAUUUGAAUUUUUUGCUUUCCGUGGCCAGGGAUGGAUUGGGUGGUGGCAGAGGAUGUUGUCUAUCCUGAAGUCACUUCCAUAGGCAAAGCAAGUCCCCUGUUUGUUGUAUGUUUACUUUGUUUUUCUCCAUAGCACUUUCUCACUUCUCCUCACCAGCAUAGUUUAUUAUUUCUCUUGUUGACCUGUGGCCCUCUUUCCUAUGCAAGUUGUUAAACUUAACAUGGACAGGGCUGUUUAGGAUUUGCUUUUCUAUUUUGUUUUAUCCAUUAGCCCAUUAGAGGGCCACAUAGAAUGUUGCCUGACAUAGUGUGAAACUACCAUAAAAAGUACUGUUAUUAAAUUCAGUUAACUGAGUGAUCUCACCAGAAAUGAUGUUUACCUGUGGAUAAACUGAACACUUAUUUGUUAAAAGUAAAG